GAGAGUCCCUGACUGGAGUUGGCAGCCAAGCCACGCUCUGGAGUGGGCACCCACAGGGAGGGAAGACAGGGGAAGAACACCCUCAAAGCCCCGUAAGGCUGGACCCUACAUCAGCCGCUCUGCUUGGGGUUGGCGAUGCUGGAGGUGGGCCUUGGACCAGAGAAAAUGCUUUCAUUAGGUGACAAGCGGGCAGAGGCCUUUGUUUCUGGCGCCCGCAGCCACGGCCCCCGCUGACGGCAUGGGAAACAGAUCCUGUUCCACUCCGGUCUCCAGCAUUGGAAUGGUUGCCUCGGUGCAAUGCAGGAGGAUGCGGCCGGGGGCGGACGAUCGCUCCACUCGCCCGGACCAGGUGCGGGGGCCCUGCCCAGCCACUGGGGCGUGGCCAGGCUCGACGCAGCCAGGUGCCGGGGGCCGACUCUAAGCCCUGGCACCAGAAGGGAGAGGGCGGCGGAUUGGACCUCCCGGCUCGAGCAUUGCAACUGGGAGCUCCGUCUCCGGGUCCACGCAAUGAUGCCGCGGCUGCUCGAAAGCCAGGUAGGCUGCCCCGGGUGAAGUCUUCAUGGAGGUCAAUGCCGGGGCGGAGGGGCAGGGCGCGGUCCCCCACAUCCCCGAUCUGGGGAGCGGUGGGUCCAAGGGCCAUCGCCCUAGCCCGGGGCGCUGGGGCUCGGCGCCAAGUGAGGGGCGGGCCUCCACCUUCCAGCCAUCUGCCCAGCCCGGGAAGGCGGACGCUGAGAAACUCCCGGCCGCGCCCCCUCCUUCCUCCCCUCCCCAAGCCCUCGCUGCCAGUCCGGACAGGCUGCGCGGAGGGGAGGGCUGCGAGGCCGAAGAGCCGGACGCCUGGCGUUCCAGGGGCGGCCGGAUGUGGCCUGCCUUUGUAGAGGGCGCGCUCCGGCCACGCAAAGCGGACUGUGGAUCUGCCACCUGCAAGCAGCUCGGCCAUGUGGCCCCUGAGCCGUCGUCAGCUCUGCCUGGCCUUCCUGCUGGUCUGUGUCCUCUCUGCGCUCUCCUUCUUCCUCCAUAUCCACCAAGACAGCUUUCCACAUGGCCUAGGCCUGUCGAUCCUGUGUCCAGAUCGCCGCCUGGUGACACCCCCGGUGGCCAUCUUCUGCCUGCCAGGUACCCCGGUGGGCCCCAACACCUCCUCUUCCUGUCCCCAGAGCUCUGCCUCCCUCUCCGGCACCUGGACUAUCUAUCCCGAUGGUCGGUUUGGUAAUCAGAUGGGACAGUAUGCCACGCUGCUGGCUCUGGCCCAGCUCAAUGGCCGCCGGGCCUUCAUCCUGCCUGCCAUGCAUGCCGCCCUGGCGCCGGUAUUCCGCAUCACCCUGCCCGUGCUGGCCCCAGAAGUGGACAGCCGCACACCGUGGCGGGAGCUGCAGCUUCACGACUGGAUGUCGGAGGAGUAUGCGGACUUGAGGGAUCCUUUCCUGAAGCUCUCUGGCUUCCCCUGCUCUUGGACUUUCUUCCACCAUCUCCGGGAACAGAUCCGCAGGGAGUUCACCCUGCACGACCACCUUCGGGAAGAGGCGCAGAGUGUGCUGGGUCAGCUCCGCCUGGGCCGCACGGGGGACCGCCCGCGCACCUUUGUGGGCGUCCACGUGCGCCGUGGGGACUAUCUGCAGGUUAUGCCUCAGCGCUGGAAGGGUGUGGUGGGCGACAGCGCCUACCUCCGGCAGGCCAUGGACUGGUUCCGGGCACGGCACGAAGCCCCCGUUUUUGUGGUUACCAGCAACGGCAUGGAGUGGUGUAAGGAAAACAUCGACACCUCCCAGGGCGACGUGACGUUUGCUGGCGAUGGACGGGAGGCUACACCGUGGAAAGACUUUGCCCUGCUCACACAGUGCAACCACACCAUUAUGACCAUUGGCACCUUCGGCUUCUGGGCUGCCUACCUGGCUGGCGGAGACACUGUCUACCUGGCCAACUUCACCCUGCCAGACUCUGAGUUCCUGAAGAUCUUUAAGCCAGAGGCUGCCUUCCUGCCCGAGUGGGUGGGCAUUAAUGCAGACUUGUCUCCACUCUGGACAUUGGCUGAGCCUUGAGAGCCGGGGAGAUUUUCUGA